AACAAAACCAACAUGGUGUCAUGCCACUAGGCUUUAUGAUUGGACCACAAGCACUCAACCAACCUGGUUUUCCACCAUAUCCAUUUCCAGGCUUUCCAACUCCUUUUUUCCCCAUGCCACAACUGCCAGUGCAAGGAAAUAUGGUCCCACCAAAUGGAGAGAGAAUUUCCAUGCCUGAACUAGAGUUACCACCACCUUCCACAGAAGGCGAGAAACAACCAUCAGUGAGGAGGAGUAAAGUGAUAGUGGAGAAACCACACAGAGAGAGACCCUCUUCAGGUAGAUCAGAGGAAAGGGCACCUUCACCUGAGGAGGAAGAAACUGAUGAAGAAAAGUCAUUUGACACAGUCAGAGUAAGACUAAGGAAGCCAGUGUCACAGGAUGCCGUAGAGAACUAUUUUGAGAACAAGAGGAAGUCUGGGGGAGGAGAUAUCGAGUCCUUUGAAGUCAUCAAGGAAGAGGAUGAACAAGUUAUUGAAGCUUUGAUCAAAUUCAAACAAUCUUGUGAUGCCAAGUCCUGCUUGCAGAGGAAACACAAAAUAGGUGGUGCAAAUUUAACAGUAGAAAUAUAUGAUACAGACGACCCAGAAAUGUGGGAGAUGCACAAAGUUCUGGUGAGCAGACUCAACCCAGUGACAACUGAUGAUACACUGAUGAAUUUUUUGGAGCCAGCUGCAGAGGCGGAUCCAAUAGAUGUGGUCAGAGGGUCAGAACCUGAUACAGUCAUAGUGGUGUUUGAUGAGAAACCAGAUUUUUCCAAUAUGUCAAAACGGUGCAAUUCCAAAAAACUUGAGGGCAACACAUUGUUUAUACAAAUGGUAGAGAAAUGUAGAUCAGUUUAUGUCCAAGAAAUUGAUGAAACCAUCACAUAUGACACAGUGGAGAAUUUCUUCUGUAACAAGAAAAGAAGUGGAGGUGGAGAAGUGGAGAAGGUGGAUUAUCAUCCUGAAGAUGGAUACUGUGUUGUUCAUUUUGAAAAUCCAACAGAUGCAGAGAAUGUGGCUUCAAGAGAAAAGUUUACAAUCAGUGGAAAAGAAAUUAGAGUACAAAUGUUUUAUCCUCAACUAGGGUUGCCAGAGCAACCAAUUAAUUGGGGAGACUUGCCUUCAUUAAUUCAUCCUUGUGAUAAACACUUUUUAAAAUUUGUCAAGAAUUGUGGUGCAGUAGCCAAGGAAAUUGAGAAGGCACUGCAGCAGAAGUUUGUAAAAGUCGAAUGGCCGAAGUCAAAAUCAGACUCAAAUGUCAAGCUGCUUUGCUCAGUAACUAAAGAGGUGGAAAAUGCCAGAAGUAUUUUGAAAAAGUGGAAAGAAGAAGCCCAGAAAAGCAUGGAAAGCUUGGUGGACAAAUAUGUAGUCCAAAAACACUCAAUUUUACCAGAAGCAUGGGAGAAUUUCCUAGCAAAGUUAAAAACACUCAAUAUUGAUCACCCAGAAAAAGUAGCAGUUUUACUGGAAGCCAAACAACACAUGAUUGUUGUUGUUGGAUUAGAGGAGAAUUCAGAGGCCCUGACAAGAAAAAUCCUAGAUAUCAUCAGGACAGAGGAAUUUAAUAUAAAAACCAAGAAAGAAAAGAUUGAGAAAAAUGUUCCUUUGGAUUUCCACAAAUGCCAGCAACUUUUGAAAACACAGUAUCAGAGGAAGAUUAAGAGUGAUUUUCCAGACGUAGAUAUUAAGAUUGAUAAAAAAGAAGUAAAUUUUACAGGAAAGCCCAAUGAUGUGAAUGAAGCCAUGAUUAAAAUGCAUGAAUAUUUGAUGAAUACAAAGUCAAAAUCUUUAAGCAUAUCUAAAGGGAGACAUGAAGUGUUUAAAACAAAGGAGGUGAGAGAUCUUUUUCUGGCAGAAAUGAAAAUGAAAAACAACAAGGCUGUAUGGAAUGUAACAGAGGACAAAGUGGAAAUGACAUCAUCAAACAUGAAAAUGGUUGAAGAGGCCUUGAAACUUUUUGAAGAAUUUAUACCAGAGAAAACAAUUAAAGUAAAACAGCUAGUGAAAGUUUUGACCACAUCAGAAUGGCAAGCUUGUUUUAAGAAGUUACGAGAAUCAUAUGGUGAAAAAAUGUACAUUUUGUCUUCUGGUUCUGAAGUCCGUGUCGCUUCCACUAAAGAUAUUUUUCAGCCUGUAUGUACAGAAGUUGAACAAGUUUUAGAGGAAUAUUCUAAGAAAUGCUCUGUUGAUCGGAAGCAUGUAAGAUUGACAGAAGCACAGUUUAAUUAUGUGAAAUAUUUUGGGGAAAAAGAGUUGAAGAAGUUGUCAGAGGAUGCCAAAGAGAAAGAUUUAAAAAUUACCAGAAAUCAAGAGGACCAUUCUAUAGAAAUCAGUGGGAAUGAUGAAGAUGUCAAAAAAGCCAAGGAGGAGUUGAGGAGGUUUGUUGAUCGACUGAGCGAAGAUACUUACAGUAUAACCAAACCUGGUGCUAAGACCUUCUUCAAUUCAGGGAAAGGAAGGGAAGCCAUUAAAAGAACCGGUAAAGCCACUUCCUGUAUCAUCAUGAAUAAAGAAGGAGGGAGACAUAAGAAAGAAGAGAGGGGCAGUGGAUCAUUUGAGAGGCAUGGUGCAAGGUCAAGGCCAAAAAUGCCAGUCAAGAUGGCUGAGUGUGAAUUACAUAUUGGUAGUCAAAAGUUGAUUGUUAUGAAAGGUGAUGUAACAAAGUUGACAGUUGAUGUCAUCGUGAAUGCAGCCAAUGGAGAUUUAGAUCACUGUGGUGGUCUGGCUCUGGCUAUUUCUAGAGCAGGAGGUGAAUCGAUUCAGAAAGAAAGUAAUGACUACAUCAAGUCUAAUAAAACUGUCCCAGAUGGUGAUGCUGUUCCAGCAAGAUCUGGUAAUCUCCCUUGUAAAAUGUUGGUCCACGCUGUUGGACCACAGUGGCAGGGAGGAACUAAUGAAGAAGAAGUGAAACUCAGAAAAGCUAUUUUAAAAUGUUUGGAACUGACAGACAAGAAUAACUACUCCUCUAUAGCUAUCCCUGCUCUCAGUGCUGGUAUUUUCGGGUAUCCCAUGGAUCAAUCAGUUGACACUAUUGUCAGUUCUAUUCAGUUACAUUUCAAGUCCAAGGAGGGCAAGUCUUCCAAAAUAAAGGAAAUCUACUUCUGUGAUGUUGAUGACAAGAUCGUGAUGGCAUUUAUCAAUUGUUUGAAGAGAAAGAUUGGACAGGAUGUGAAAGAAUUCAAUGGAGAUGAAGGUGAGCAGUUGCCAUCCAGAGAUAAUGAUUCAGACGAGGAGUCUCUUUGGAAAAGGAAUAGGUCCUCAUCAAAUGAUAGAAAGAAGGGGAGAAUGUCCUCAUCUGGUGAUAGAAAGAAAAUAAAAGUCAUCAGUGGAGAGUUGGCUAAAAUGAAGGUGGACGUAAUAGUAAAUUCUGCAGACAAGUCAUUGGAUCUGUCAAUCGGUAACAUAUCUAAGAGUCUGAGCAGAGCUGGCGGAGAAUCUCUCCAAGAUGAAUGUAAAAUAAAGUACAAACAUGGAAUAGAGCCGGGGAAAGUAGCCAUUACAAAGGGAGGCAACCUCAAGUGUAAACAGGUGUAUCAUGGGACAAUCAAAAGAUGGGAUCAUUGGAAAGGGGAUGCUCUCGGGAAGUUAACAGAUUUUGUAAAAGAGUGUCUAAGAAUAGCAGACACAAACCAGAUGAGCUCCAUUGCCUUCCCAGCCCUAGGAACAGGCAGACUGGGCUAUCCCCCAGAACUAGCUGCAAAGACAAUGUUCAAGUGUUGUAGAGAAUUUCACAGUAAAAACAGAGACAGCAGUCUGAAGGAAAUAUUCUUUGUAAUUUAUCAUAAAGAUGCAGAAAUUCUUGAGGCAUUCAAAACGAAAGAAAGAGAAUCGGAAAGUGAAGGAGCCGAGGCUCCACCCCCCAGUUACAGACAAAGAAGAGAGAGAAAAUCAUCCACAGAUACAGGAGGUGGAGAGAGGUGUUGGAAAUUGAAUAAAUUGAAUGUAGAAGUCAGACAGGGGGACAUAACUCAGGAGAAAACUGAUGCUAUUGUCAACAGUAUAACAGAGAGUAUGGAUCUAACUAAAGGUGCUGCCUCUAAGGCUAUUCUCAAGGCAGCUGGUAAUGGAAUACUGACAGAAUGUAAAAGGGGAGCCCAGUCUUUCUCAUCAGAAGGCUAUCUUGUGACAUCAGGAGGUAGUAUGGAUUGUAAGUACAUCAUUCAUGUGAAGGCCCAGAGAUCGGCAGAGGGGUGGGAGCGUAUGGUAGCCAAGGCAUUGGCUCAUGCUGACAAGACAGGGUGUAGGUCCAUAUCCUUCCCAGCUCUAGGAACAGGGGUGAGAGGUAGCGAUGUAGAAGAGAUUGCCAAAUACAUGUUUAAAGCCAUGAGGAAGUGUUCACCGGAGAAUCUAGAGACAGUGAGAGUGAUCGUUUUCCAGAGAGACAUGUAUUCAGUAUUUCUUUCUACACUAAAGGCUCUCCCUCAAGGAUACCUAACUCAAGCAAAAGAUUACGUAUCAGGAAAAUUUAAAGAUUUCAUGGGAUCAGGUGAUGAAGACGAAGAUGACUCCUCAAGUGGACAUCGGCAUUACCGUCAUCAGGGUCAUGACCAUGGUAACAGAGGUCACAGAAGUCAUCAGGGUCAUGACCAUAAUGAUAGAGGUCAGAAAAGCUGGCAGACAGAGAACAGGAUUACUUUUCUGAUUCUGUCAAACUCCAAAGACAACAUUAAGAAGGCCAAAGUUAAGCUAGAUGAAGUGCUUGAUAGUGAAUUUGGCAGGACAGAGAUAGAUAUAUCAAAGCACACACUAGCUGAUUAUCAGAAACAGGAAAUAAAGAAACUUGCAAAAGACACUGAGGUUACCAUUGAAGCUAAAAAUAUCGUAGUUGAAGGACUCAAAACCAAUGUCCAUGAUGCAACAGUAGCUAUUUAUGAGUAUAUACACAAAGUAAAAGACAAGGAGAAUGCCUCCAGGAUAGGGAAAUACGUGAAAUGGCAGUAUGAGGUCUCAUAUAAUAAAUGGAUGGACUUCAGGGAGGAUGUCAACUACCAGAUAGAAACUGCUCAUUUGAAGAAGGAGAGAUCCUGUAUUAUACAAGACAGGACUGGAACUGAGUAUAUCAUUGACUUCAAGAAAAUGGAGGAGUUUGAGAAGAACAGAAAAGAUAAAAGAUUCAAAGUUCAAAGAUUAGACAGAGGGGCUUCUUCUGUUGGCUUGCCAUCCAAAUGGGCCCCAAUGAAAAGUAAUCAGACCUUGAUGGAAGUUAAACUGAAUUCCGGGGAUGCCGAGUAUAAACAGGUUCUUCAGAGAUUUCAGGCCACUAGUCAGGGAGGGGUGAAUGUUACAGAGAUAAGAAGAGUACAAAAUCCAUUUCUCUAUCAACAAUAUGCAGCAAAGAGAAAAGAAAUCCAAGUGAAGAACGGAAAAGACCCCCAGCAAUGGCUGUGGCAUGGAACCUAUCCAGAUACAGUCGAUAAAAUUAUUAACAAUGGAUUCAACAGGAGUUACUGUGGCAGACAUGGUACAUCAUGUGGAGCCGGUGUCUAUUUUGCUGUAAAUGCCUCCUAUUCUGUUGGUUAUUGUACUGCAGACUCCCGUGGACUCAGACAUAUUUUCUCCGUCCAAGUUGCCACUGGUGAAGUUUGUCAAGGGAGCGGGAGCUUGAAUGUACUUCCUCAAAAACCUGGUGCAAAAAGUCACGAGACUUACGAUUCUGCCUCCGAUAAUCCCAGUAACCCUGUGAUGUUUGUGAUAUUUCAUGACAGCCAAGCCUAUCCGGCUUAUCAUAUUAUAUUUAAGUGAUCCAGAAAAUUGAACAGUACUGUGCUUAACGUAGAACCUACGUUGUAUGACAUCAUAUUGAGUAUAUGCGUUUAGUCCGUCUUUUUGAUGCUAGAUCCAUUAUGAUGUCAUAAUUAAUUUAAUGUUACAUUUUCCUGUACUUUACAUCUUUAAUCCAAGACUGUCUCAUGUAACGAAUUUAAACAACUGUGAUAAUGUGAAUGGCAUGAACUAUUUGAAGGAAUGCAAAAAUCCUA